GAGAUAGAGAGAGAGAGAGAGAGAGAGAGAGAGAAAACCAUUAUUUUGGAAUAAGUGGUACUGUCCGUGGUUAAAGAAAAAACAGAAUCCAAAAAUGAUCCGUUCUCAAUUCAAAAACUCCACCAGGCUACACAGAGCCAUUCAGCCACCAGUAACUCAGCUGCGGUUGGUGCUGUUGGGAAGAACUGGUUCAGGUAAAAGUGCCACUGGAAACACCAUCUUGGGUACAAAAUGUUUCCAGUCUAAACUGAGCAUGAGCUCAGUGACAAAUCAAUGCCAGAAGGAAUGUGGAGAUGUUCAGGGACAGAGUCUAGCAGUGAUUGACACUCCAGGCUGGUUUGACACAUCCCUAAAGCAAAGUGAGAUAAACCAGGAAGUGCUAAGAGGUCUGGCGAUGUGUUCACCUGGACCACAUGCAUUUCUGCUCAUCAUACCAAUCGCUCGCUUCACAGAGGAGCAGCAGCAGACUGUUGAUAUGAUUACAGCAGUAUUCAAGGAGAACAUCAAUCGUCACACAAUCAUCAUCUUUACCCGAGCAGAUGAACUUGAAGGAGAGACAAUUGAGCAGUUUAUAUCCAGACAGGGCGAAAAAAUCCAGGAUCUUAUUGCACGAUUUGGUGGGCGUUUCUUGGCUUUUAACAACAAGGACCCAGAGAAUCGAGACCAGGUGAAACAGCUACUGAAGAAGCUGGAUGAGUUGCUCAAACAGAAUGAGUACCAUCACUUCAUUUACCAGAAAACUCAGAUGCGGUUGGUGCUGUUGGGAAGAACAGGUUCAGGUAAAGUGCCACUGGAAACACCAUCUUGGGUACAAAAUGUUUCCAAUCUAAACUGA